CCCUCAAACCUCUCCACCUUCGCCGUUCCCGUUCAUGUUCAUAGCGUCCCUGUCCCUGCUUGUCCCUCCCCCGCCCGCAAGCCGCAACCUUUGGCCACUGGAUUUAAAGGUAGUGUACUGAUGAAGACAGAGAUCGAGGAGGAAGUCACCAAAGGGUCCUGGACUGAGGAGGACAAAUCCCUUUGUGCUUCUGUGCUGGGCUUAGAUGCCUUCACAUAUCUGACAAAAGGUGGAGGCGCCAUAUCUGAAAAUCUUGUAGCAGCGUCUGUGUUGGUGGGCUUGCAAAAUAAACUCCAGGACCUGGUUGAAGCUGAUGGUCAAAGCCUUUGCUGGAACUACGCCAUCUUCUGGCAACUCUCCCGCACCAGAUCCGGUGAACUUGUCCUUGGCUGGGGUGACGGGUCUUGCCGUGAACCCCAUGAUAAUGAGAUGAACUCGACUACUCGUGGCGAUAUUCAUGAUGCAUCUUCACUGAGCCAACAAAGGAUGCGUAAGCGAGUGUUGGAGCGACUGCAUACAGCAUUUGCUGGGGCUGAUGAGGAGGAUGAUGCUCUCAGAAUUGACCAGGUGACUGACACUGAGUUAUUCUUCCUAGCAUCUAUGUACUUUGCAUUUCCACGACAUGUAGGUGGCCCUGGGCAAGUGUUUGCAACAGGUGCACCCCUUUGGAUUCCUAACAAUCCGCACAAGGUUUCCCCCUCGAAUUAUUGCUAUCGUGGAUUCCUUGCAAGUGCAGCAGGAUUUAGGACUAUUGUGCUACUGCCAUUCGAAGCUGGUGUACUUGAAUUAGGCUCAAUGCAGAAUGUGCUCGAGAGUGCUGAAGCUCUGGAAACCAUAAGGUCUGUGUUUCUAGGGGAAAGCAGGAAGAAGGCAGCAUCUGGGAAGCAUGAUGAGAAUGGUUCUGCUCAAAUAUCACCCGGGUUGGCUAAGAUUUUCGGGAAGGAUUUGAAUCUGAGCCGACCUUUAGUCAACACAGGAGCAGUUCCAUUAAAGAUGAGCGAAAGGCCAUGGGAUAUGCAGAAGAAUUGUGGUGGUGAGAGCCUGUUACUCCCCAAUGUCCGGAAAGGUUUGCAGAACUUCACAUGGAGUCAGGCUCGAGGCCUGAAUUCUCAUCACCAGAAAUUUGGCAAUGGUAUUCUAGUUGUGAAAAGUGAGACUUCACAACGUAGCAAUGGGGCUGCACAUAGCCCUGGAGUGAGCCCAUUUCAGCUUCAGAAUUCACAGCAGAUACUGACACAGCCACCACCUCAGUCACAGACACCAAGGCAUAUAGAUUUUAGUGUAGGGUCUAGUUCAAAAUCUGGUGUUUUGACUUCACAAGCAGCUCUGUUGGGUGGGGAGAAUGGCAGUGUCGAUGGCUUGUGUAAGGACCAAGUGCCCCCUGCAAUGGAGGGCCAGCAACCAAGAAAGAGGGGAAGAAAACCAGCAAAUGGGAGAGUAGAGGCACUCAACCAUGUUGAGGCUGAGCGCCAAAGGAGGGAAAAACUCAACCAGAGGUUCUAUGCACUGAGAGCUGUUGUUCCCAAUAUCUCAAAAAUGGACAAAGCAUCACUCCUGGGAGAUGCCAUAACGCACAUCACUGAUCUCCAGAAGAAGCUCAAAGAGAUGGAGUCAGAGAGAGACAUGUUCUUGGAGUCUGGUAUGCCAGACCGCAUGGUCCGAACACCUAGGCCAGAAGUAGAUAUCCAGGUGGUGCAAGAUGAGGUUCUUGUUCGUGUAAUGUCACCUAUGGACAACUAUCCAGUAAAGAAUGUGUUCCAAGCUUUUGAAGAGGCAGAAGUCAAAGUGGGCGAAUCAAAGAUCACAUCCAACAAUGGGACAGUUGUGCAUUCCUUCGUUAUCAAGUCCCCUGGCUCUGAACAGCAAACAAGGGAGAAAUUGAUUGCCGCGAUGUCUCGUGCUAUGAGCUCCAUGUAGAAUUGAUUGAUAACUUAAUGCAUUAGAUGUCAGAUUGCUUUUCUGGCUGUGAACAGGUAGCAAUGGUAGGACUCCUCAGUGUCCAUGUAAUUGCUACAUGACCACAGAAAGCUCAGAUUCUGACUUUGCAGAAUAAUCUGUAUGUGCAAAUUACUGCCGUAAAUCUUUAACCGUCUA